AACUUUUCUAAAACCCGACGAGUCUGCCUUUCCCUUUCACGAAUACUUUGCCUUUACCUUUCACGAUAUUGUGCCUUCUCUUCUCUAUCUUCCUCUACUAGCUCCUCCUCGAUCAGACCCAUGGCAAGCCAAUCAGACCCUUGGCAAGCCAACAGCAAAGCAUCCCAUCACAACGCAUCUGAAAACCCACCAUACCCACCAACAGACAUCUUCUUCCUCAGAAUCGAUCUCCCUCCUCAGACCACCCAUUUGGUCCCUUGGACAGUAGUUACAAAAGACCAAACAACACCCUUUCUUACUUCUUUAAUGUCUAUCCCCUUCUCUUCCACCAAUGGCUCUCCCUCUACGAUGAGAGAAGAAUCAUUGAGCCAUACAAAUCUCUACUCAGAGAGACUUGGGAAAGGUCUACAGGAGACUCAAUGAUGCUGACCGAGUUGGCUGUACGAUUGAAAGAACAAUGGUAGCUAUAGCAAUGACCUUCUUGCGAGUUCCUUCAAUUGAACAACAAGAUCUAUGCGAUUCAGGCACCGCAAUCUAUUGUGAUUUUGUCGGGUUUGAUCAAGCACAUGGAGGAGACCAUCAAUUUCUGCAAGAUUAGAACAAUGUGUAUGUGGCUUGAUUUUUACUCUAAGAAAAAUAUCUAAUAGACUAUUAAUUUCUUAUGAAAAGUUAGAUUACUCUUCGAUAAUAGAACAUUCUAAUGUUGAUUUUGUUUUUUUAAUGGAUCAUUUUGAAGGUUUUUUCUUCAGUUUUGUAUUUUUUUGAGCGAUUCAUGCUGAUAAACUGUCCUUUCAAUCCCAUUUAGAACAUGUACAUCAUGUGUUUGACAAAAUGUCUCACUCACUCUUGCAUUUUUCUUUUCAUUCCCUUUUUUCAAACUUGGGCUUCUUCCUCUACAGGUUGAAGAUUCUUCUAUAUUUUUCUUUACUUUUUGAUCUUGAAAUAUUGCUGGUAUGUCUUGAGCCAAGUAGAAAUUAUUUAAUCUUGCAAUCUUACUUAUUUUAAGAUAAUAUCUAAUACCAUUCUCAUCCUGCAUAAUCAUAUUUAACUGAGUUAUAUUUUAGAUCAAGUUACAUUAUCAACAACAAAUAAAUGCAUGUGUAUGUAUGAUGUAGGACUCUGCACCAUAAUACGUUUGAACAAUGCAAUUUGUUGUAAUGGCUUUUUUAAAUAAAUAAACAAAUAAAAUUUAGUUACUGUAGGGAUUGUUUAAUAUAUCUUUCAGUUCAAUUAUAGGAACAUGGUCAUGUUUAUAUGUCCUACUAAAAUGUCCUUAUAAAAUCUCACCUUGCCAAAUCAUGCAAUUAUUCUUUGAAACUCUGUUUCCAUCUGUGGCGGUGGAGCUUAUUCCUUACUUUUGGCUUCUGCACUAUACCUCUCCCUCCAUUCAAUAUUCUACUUCUUCACAAGGCCUGAAAUAACUAAGUGAAGAAUUUGUGAACAUUCUUUGAGGUAUGAGGUGAAUAAUUCAAUAAAGCUAUUAAUUCUUUAUGGUUUCUUUGUUCUUAAAAAAAAUUAUUUCUUUACUUUUACUGCCCAUGAAUAUGAUGGGCUUAUAAUGGAUGGUCAUAAUAUGAAUUUUUUUGCCAAUAAAUUUGGGAAGUGAAAUCCAUGACUUUGAUUCUUCAAUUAGGUUUGUGGUUACCAUUUAUAUAGAUAUUAGUUGUCCAUUCAUGCUGUUUUCUAGGAUUCCCUCCUUAAUUUAUCUCAAAACUUGAAUAAUUGUUAAAUUUUGCUUUAAUAAUUUAGGAAAUGGGAGGAAUUUGAUGAUAGAAUUGUAGUAUCAUUUGUUCAGUCAUGAAAGAUUAUAUUUUCCGUGUUUGGCCUUCAUUUAGUGUAAAUAGAAAAUCUAUAUAGUAUACAAUUAACUGGAGCAAUGAAAAUUUAUUCAAAUAAAACUUAGAUAAGAAAGUUGAAUUUUUGUAGAAGAGUUGAGUGAUUGGUAGGUACACUGAAUAUUAAACAACUAAACAAUAUAGCUUUAGGGUGAGUAUGAAAUACAUGAAUGAUACUAACUUAAUGCCACCAAUUUUUUGGUUUUCACUUGAAUCAAUGAGGUUUGUGCUUUGAAUGGUUAUUAAAUCAAUGCAUGUAGGAAAAGGAAAGUUGCAUAGUAUGCUGCAUUGUGAUUCUUUUAUUUAUCUGUAAAAUAUUCAUGCGAUUUGAAAUGUUGUUUAUGAGUUUUUCACUUGCAUGUACUUCUCCAAGAAUUAAUCUAGAGAGAAUCCACACAACAAAUUUAACCUAUAUAUUUGGCCUAUACUAAACAUGACUGUGGCAUAUUUAGAGAUGUAUAUCCUUUGAUUUAUCAAAUAUGCUUGGACCAUAUGAGUUUCUAAGUUUCGUUUAUUCUUUGGCUGAGAUUAUGAGUUCCUUUCUGAAGUAUUAUUGUUAAUUUUGAAUUGAAAAGAUUGAUAAUGUUCUUCUUUUCUUAGCUUUUUUUUUAACAUCCUGAUAAAGUGGUUGAUGUGGUAUGACAAGCCUCAUAUUACACUAUAAACAAAUGCAAGAAUAUUAUUUCAUUUAUUAAUCCAAAAGGACCAAUACUAAAUAAAUUUUGAUCAAAUUAGAAUUGAUUUUCCAUAAAUAAAUUUUAAGUAAAUUAGGUAAUUUAAUUUUAACAAGUAAUCCAAUUUCACAACUAGCCCGUGCAUUGAACGGGUUAGCGAUUAGUUAUCAUUUAUUUUGAAAACACACACAUCCUUUCCUCUUCACUCAUUCUUAUUGCAGGUGGUGAAAAAAAACAAACUUGGGAAGGAAAGAUCCUAGACUUUCGGCCAACCAAUAAAUUUUAAGAAAUCUCGGCCAAAUGAUACUGUGGAAUCCUGUAACUAUGGAUGAAAUAACACUUCCGUGUUUGCCUGAGGGGCUAGAUAUCAAAGAUUGCAUCUUGACGUCUCCUCCGAGCGAACCAAGUUGCAAGGUCAUCUUAUUUUUUCACUACAUGAGCAAUAUCUUAUACUGUGAACUUGGCGAUGAAGAAUGGACCGAGUUAUAUUAUUAUGAUGAGCUGAAACGAACUAUAAAGGAGGUAGGAUUGGCGGAAGAAUCAAUGCUGCCAAUGCGUCAUCUACUGAUUAGCCCUGUUUGCUGCGAUGGUGAUUUGUAUGCUUUAUGGACACCAGGAGGAAGUGAUCAUGAUUGCUGCAGGAAGCUUGUAAAAAUUCAUGAAAUUCAUCGGGACGGCCUUAAAAUCGAGCCUCUAAAUAUUUUUCUACGGUCAGCUCUUCCAAUUACCAAAGAAGUACACUUGAUGGAAUCUUGUGGCGAUCUAUUCACAGUUGAAAUACAGUAUAAGGAUGAAAGUUUGACAGGCGUUUUAGCAAUUGGGAUCCAUAGAUUAAAUUUUUCUAACAAAGAGUGGGUACAGGUAGAAACUGCUAAGGACCGCGCAUUUUUUUUGCCUUUGGACAGGCUUGAUCAGCAAGCGUUUUCCAUCCCUGUAAUUGACCCGGAUGUGGCAAAUCGUGUAUAUUUUACUUUAAAUGGUGAUGAUACGUACAAAAAAUUGUACUCGUACAACAUAGAAGGUGGAACAAUUUCGAUUUCCUCAACUUUUCUAAAUCUACCAAGACUACAGCGAUCUUGUCCGGUUUGGAUUAUGCCUCAUCUCAGGUUAACAAAUACACUAAAAGAAGACGAGCACAAAAGUUAUACAGAAGAACAAGAGAGUGGGAAGGUUUAUGGAACAGAGAAUGAUUUAAAGGACAUAGAGUCCACAAAUGAUAUAUCUAUCCUUCAUUUUGACAUGGUUAAAGUGAUUGCCGAGCGUCUCAUUUUAGUUGAUUAUUUGCAUUUUCGUGCUACUUGUAAAAUCUUUCAUUCUGCAGCAUCUCCAAUCCAAUGGAGGAUUGCCAUGGAGAAGGUGGAAAACCCUUCUUUAUUAUCUCCAUGGCUGGUGUUUUUUGAGAACGAAAGUGUUUGUGCUUUCAUUGACCCAAAACAUGGUGACAAGUAUAUCAUCAACUUGCCACAAGUACUAAAAGGAGGUAUAAUUUGCGGCUCAAAGGAUGGUUGGUUGCUAGUAGUUGUAGCGGAAAAAUCACAUUUCUUUUUAGGUGAAAAAUUGACUUUCUUUUUCAAUCCAUUCACACAAGCCAUUCUACCGUUGGCAGAGAAUAUGGAUAGAGCACUGGAUUUCUCUUGCAUUGGCUUCUCUUCCUCCCCACCCUCUUCAGAAUGCGUGGUUGUUAAUUUGAGUAAGCAUGAAUCUGAUGCGAAAUUUGUUGUAGAGUACUCUUCUAGCUUGGGGCAGGACCUGGACGAGGACCUAGACCAUUGGCAUGAAAAUGAGUUUAAUGAUGCAGACUUUUCCUUUAAUAACAAUAGCCCGGUUUUCUACAAAGGAGCAUUUUAUUGCUUGGGUAAAAAAGGAAACCUAGGAAUUCUGAAGUUAAACGAUGAUGGUGAGAAUACUUGGGAAGUUCUUACUAAACCUAAAUCACCAUGCAUGAGUGGUUAUGACCAGAAUUAUCUAGUGGAAUGUGAUGGCGAGCUCUUUUCGGUAUUUGUGGGUAAUAUGAGAAAAUGGGUACAAGUUUUCAAAUUGAAUGAAUCUAAGAUGACCUGGAUUAGAGUUGAAAAUCUGGGAAAUCAUAUGUUUUAUUUGAGUUGUUCAUCAUCCUUUUCUGUGAGGGCAAAAACUCCUGGAAUGGAAAACAAAAUUUACUUUCCUAUAUUCUGUGGACAAAGCAUGGUCUUCUUCUCACUAGAGACAAAGAAGUUUCAUUCCUUUGAGGGUAAGGAUGUUGACUUUUAUAGCUCGAGGGAAAAGUUGCGAUGUGGCUGGAUCGAACCUAGGUGGUGCUAGAGAAUUCUAAAGAUAUCAUUUAUUCAUUUUGGCGUGAAAUUGAAAUAUAUAUGCCGUUUUGUUCUAUAGUUGAGUACACAUAUAUUAUGUUGCAUUGAGUCAAUGGGUCCCGCUUCUUUUGUAGCUUCUGUGCAGCAAGACAUAGUUUCUGCUUUAAUUGUAGCUAGUUCAUAGU